ACAUUGCUGUGUACACGGCCCACAUUUAACUGUACACCAAGUAUAGUAAGAGCUCUAAUAAAGCACUGAAGAUUGUUGCAUGGACACUAAACGAAAACCUAGACUCAGUGAUGGCAACAUAAGAUUGUGUUCGUCUCUUAUUUCGCUUAUUGUGACAACUGUUGUCUUGGUCUACACUAUCGUUCGUUUUGGAAAGCUCCCGUUACCGACAUCACAAGAUCUGUUGUUGAUUUCCAGCAAUCAAUCAAAACUUGAGCAUGACACAACAUCAAGUCCCACCAAGCUAAAGUUUCCUGUAUCUGCCCAUGCUCGUCUCUUUCCUUCCGUCAGAUAUCCUGGCACUGAAAACAGUGAAGACCCCAUCUUUAACCCAACAAGCCACUCUAUCCUUGAGUUAAACGAACAAGCAACAGACAACAUCCACCAACACGCUACAGGCGUCAACAUCACACGGGAGGGGAUCAAGAUUAUAAUAGCAGGGGUGUACUACAUCUACAGUAACGUUAACUUUAAACCUAACUCCACCCGUUAUUCUGCAGACUUUCAUUAUCAGACGUGGUUCCAGUACAUCAGCAGACGAUCAGCCACCAGCCCAGUUUUAUCUGGCGUCUUAUUGAGAACUGUUCACACCUGUUGUAGUAAUUGUACAGGUAGUCAGGAGACGGCAUACACAGGUGGUGUGUUUUACCUGCAGGCAGGGGACGUUAUCCAAAUUAGUGUCUCGGGUCAAGGUCUCCUCGACUUUGGAAAUGAAAUGACCUGCCUCGGCCUUUAUUUGUUGCAUUGUUGAAUACCGUUUUUAGAAGAAAUAUUGAGCUAACACGUUUAGAGAGACUGAUAUGAAAACAAUGUCAGCAGCUGUUGAUACGAUGACAACUAAAUUAGCCAGUGACAACCUAUCAAGGCAGUUUUCAGGUGCACAUGAAGUACAAGAAUGUUUUCAAGGUCAAGGAGAAGCAGAUUUACACACACAUCUACGUAACUGUACGAAAAACCCUGACCACUUACAGUUUAUACCUGUAAAUGAGUUAACUAUCGACAAUUUUCCGACUGGCUGCCAUGACAACGACCUGUAUAACUUUACCAAAGCUCAGGCUGACCUAACAGUCAGAAUAGCCGUUAAGUUCACCAGUCCAGACAGACCAGAGUUUGUACCAGGCACUAAAGAUCCAUAUCCUUGCUACAACACCAGGGGACAGAACUCACUGAGGACAGGGACGGGGAAAGUGGAGCGUUUUGUAAAGUGUACAGGAACAUGUCCAUGUCCUGAAUGUGAAGUUUUCCUCACACCCAGCCAAGUGUGGUGGAAGAUUGGUGUACUGACAGCCAGACAUGUGUUGUUUGAUGAGAGUGAGGUGAGACAGUCCAGCUGUAGGUUGUGGUUUGAUGAGGAGAACUGCCCAGUGGUCAAGAUUUAUGGGUUACAAGCUGGGGCUCUGUCAGACUUAGAAGAAGACUGGUGUAGGUUUAAUUGUGUAACAGAUGACGCUGAGACAGCCAAUAAACUGGGGGAGAUGAUCGAGCGGUUUAAUCUUCUAGGAGAAAUGUUAAAGGACACCUACAAGAACCGUAGUAAUGUGGACAAGCUGACCAUUAUAGUGUCACAUCCUCAUGGAUGUUCUAAGCAGGUCUCUGUAGGUCACUGGGUACACAGACGUGAACCAGGGGGACACGACACAUGUUACACGUACACAACCUGCACCUGCCCAGGUAGCAGCGGGGCUCUGGUCUACAGGCUGGGGUGUGAUAUAUCUUCCAGCCAUCUUCACUGUGGUGCCAACGCUGGAGGCAGCAGUUACAGUGGCGUGGAAUGGGAGUUCGGCCUCUAGUUGAUCGUACCUCUCUAGAAUGUUCUACCAUCUACACUAUAAUCUUGUUCCCACUCUAGAAUGUUCUACCAUCUACACUAUCAUGCUGUUCCCUCUCUAGAAUGUUCUACCAUCUACAUUAUCAUCUCGUACCUCUCUAGAAUGUUCUACCAUCUACACUAUAAUCUUGUUCCCACUCUAGAAUGUUCUACCAUCUACACUAUCAUGCUGUUCCCUCUCUAGAAUGUUCUACCAUCUACAUUAUCAUCUCGUACCUCUCUAGAAUGUUCUACCAUCUACACUAUAAUCUUGUUCCCACUCUAGAAUGUUCUACCAUCUACACUAUCAUGCUGUUCCCUCUCUAGAAUGUUCUACCAUCUACACUAUCAUCUUGUUCCCUCUCGAGAAUGUUCUACCAUCUACACUAUAAUCUUGUUCCCUCUCGAGAAUGUUCUACCAUCUACACUAUCAUCUUGUUCCCUCUCGAGAAUGUUCCUAGUAUCUAGAUUAUCAUCUCAUACAAAAUCGUCAUUGAGAAAUCAUCUCAUCUACACGACAAAGUCAACUGUGUUACAUCACUAAAAUAAAUGUACCGAUCCUUGCGAAAACAAGUCAAGUGAAUGAUAUAAACCUGCAU